GAAGUUCAAACCCGUGACCCAACGAAUAGCAAGUUCUUUGAAGAUUAAUUUUCGGUGACGGAAAAUAAUCAUUACAAAUAGAUAAGUGUUUAAUUUUUUUUUCCCACCUGUAUUUGUUUAAAUUAUAAGCCUGUCAUGAUGAUUUUAAAAUUAUAUUUGUACAUUUUGUUUGGUUCGUGAGGACAAAGCAAAAUGUCCCCAACCUCUCUGUAUAAUCAAGAAAUCAGAGUUUGUGUAUUCGACCACUAGGACCGGUGUCAAUACUGUAUGUUUUUGUUUAAUAAUGCAAGAAUUAUUAUACUUGUGUCUGAUUUGUAGACCACAUCUCGAAAACCUUCUAGUUAAGUGUGUGAUCCUUUCUGUCAAGAGAAAAUAAUAAUAAGGGUGUGAUCCUUUCUGUAUCCCAUGUGUAAGCAUACACAUCUAUAUUCUUGUGGUUGUACGAGUAAUGUUUACACAAUUGCAUGUGCUAGGACGAGACAGUAUUGGACGUCUUCUAUCGUGUCUCUUUCUUUUCUUUCGUGCAAUAAUUGGUAUCCACAUAAUUUGUAAAUUGACUUUUUUGAGAUUUGAGUAAUUAGUACUCCCUCCGUCCCCUUCAUUUCUUUACACUUUCCUUUUUGAGAUUUCCCAUCCAAUUUUUUACAUUUCAAAACUUAUCCAAAAUAGUCAAUAGGUCCCACCACUUCUUCACUUUUCUUUUUUUUUUUCACACUACUUUUACUCCACUAUCUUCUUUUUAUACAUUAAAAAUCAAUGGGUCCCACCACUUCACCCACUUUUCCUCCUCUCUUUCCACUACUUUAUACAUAUUUCUUAACCUCCGUGCCCAACCCAAACGAUAAGAAAUGGGAGGGACGGAGGGAGUAAUUACUACUGCAUAUAUGACUGAAUACUGAAUAGCGGGUAUUAGGGGAUCUAAAUAUAUUUUAAAAAAUACUCCUUCCAUCCCAAAUUAGAUGAGCUCGUUGACUUUGAGCACGCAUUUUAAAGUUCAUUGACCACAUAGCUACAUUACUUAUUUUUAUAAUUUUAUUUUUGCAAAUAAAAAAUUAAAUAUGAAAUUUUCGUUUACAAAAAAAAUAUUAUAAAAAUAAAUAUCGGAACUAGACGGUCAUCUUAAGUUACGUGCUCAAAAUAUCUAGCUCAUCUAAUUUGGGAUGGAGGGAGUACAAGUAUAAGUUUGAAUGAGUUAAUGUGGGUGUUUGGCUAAGAGCAAGUCCAAUAGGUUGCCUAUCCUAUUACUUAUAAAUAAUAUAAAAUAAUGAGUGCUAGUGUGUCUUAGUAAUUUAGGUAAUCUAUUUUUAGUGUCAACUCCAAUAGUAAUUCCUAUAUUUGUUCUCCUAAAAUUAUUUUAAUAAUAAAUUUGAGAGAGAAGGGGAAAAGGAGAGAAUAGACAAAGAAAGAAGGAGAGAGAUGAUUAUUUUAUUCAUAAAUAUUAAAUAGGUAAUGCACUACGCCAUAAAAGGCCUAUCGCAACGCGACCUUUGUAAAUGUUGCUAAAAAAUGUUACCUUAGCUACACUACUUUCACCCUUCCGCAACAUAAUAUUUUUCAUGUUAGCUUAGCCAAAAAGGGGAUGUUGCCUUUGUUAGAAAGUGUUUAAGGGUGCAACAUGGAGACAAAUAUGUUAGCUUAAGCUAUUAAAAUGUGAAAAUAAUAUUUUAACUUAAAAUUAAAGAAAAAAGUAAUUACUUGUAUUAAAAAUAAAAAUAGAAGUUAUGUAAUAAUAUAAACUAAAAAUAUAAAAAAUUAUAUAAAAUAUUAAAUAAUUUAAUAGGUGAAUGAUUUUAUUUUAAAUAAUAAAUAUAUGUUUAUUUAUUUAAAAAGUAAAAUAAAAUGUAAACAAAAAAAUAAAAUAUAAACUAAAUAUAUGUAUAUAUGUUUAUUUGAACAAGCGGGCGUGGUUCCCGGUGAAAUCAGACAAGCAGCGGGACUUUGUUUCACUAACACCCCGCCCCAUUUUUUCACUUCCUUUUCCACUCACACUCAGUCAUCUCUCAUUUUCCACACAGUCCUCUCUCGCUCUUCACCCCCACAUCUCGUCUCUCUCUCUCUCUUUUCACCCCCACAGUCGCCUCUCUCUCUUUUCACCGUGUCUCUCUCGUCGCUCUGGUCUCUCUGGUCUCUCAUCAGCACAUCUCUCUCAUCUCAGGUUUGGAUUUCAAGUUAGGGCAUGGUUUGAGGGCUCGAUGCUUUGAUACUCCUAACUAGGGGUUUCUCUCUUUAAAUCAGGGCUUCAUUUCUUUAUUUUCUUCCAUUUACAGGUCUUUCUUCUUUUAAACUACAUCUAAUCGUACUUUAUCUUUGAUUUCAGGUAUUUUCAGCGGAGGCUUUGCAUUUGGAAUUAGGGCUUCUUCGGUUGAUUUUAAGGAUUUCAUUUAAAGGAUUUAAAAUUAGGGUUUCAGUUUAAAGAUUUUGCUACAGCCAUGGACGAUGUGGAUAAUACUUGGAUAAACCUUCCAAAGUAUAGUGUCGAGUACAUCAGAGGAAUAAAAUCCUUUAUUCGGAAUGCAUUCCCUAACGUAGCCGUAGGUGAUGAAAUGACAUGCCCCUGUAGAAUAUGUAAAAACAUAAAGUGGCAUAGUCAGGACCUUAUAUACGAUCAUCUCAUCUGCAAUGGCCAUUCGCCUUUGUGCUCUGAAUGGAUUGUGGGAAUUGCACAGAUUCCUCUCCAGCCAGUUAACGACGAGGAUCUUGAUUUAGGGGAUAAAGAGAAUAAUUUAAAUUUCGAAGAUAACCUAGAUGAGAUGUUUCAUCAGCCUAAUGGACCAAAUGUCGAUGCUAAAAAAUUUUAUGCCCAUCUUGAAGAGGGAAAGCAACCCUUAUAUCCAGGCUCCAAAAUAGGCCUGAUGAUAUUCCACUUGAGAGGUUCAAAUUGCUGUUGGAAUAUUGGAAUGAUGAAAGUAUUCAGGAUAAAGCCAGGAAAAAUUCAAAUAGCCGCAAGUCAUAUACCGAGACUCACACUCUUGGUCCUAAAAGUAUCGCACAGCUUCGACACAAAAUGAAAAAGAAUGCCCCAGAUGAGUCUGAACCAUGUGAUGCAGAGGUUUUUGUGAAAACUCGGACUCGUGAUGCAGGACGCGAGUACAAGACCAGUACUAAAACAAUGAAAAAGAAAAUUGAUAAAAUUAACAAAAAAAUCAAUUCCGGGGAGGCUGCUGAUGAAAUGCUUUUGGAUAAAGAGCAUGGCCCGACUUGGCUCUUAGGGAGAUGCAAGAAGCCGCAAAAACUAUCAGCUGCUGCUCCAACGGAUACAUAUGUCAAAGAAUUGACAACAAAAAUUAAGGAAGGCCUUGCUGCUGAAGUCGAGGAAAAAGUGAAGAAAAUCCAAGAAGAGGUAGAUGAGCAGGUAAACAGGAAGGUGCAACAAAAUUUGGCAUCGGUCCUUAAGAAACUUGGUGAAGCAAACCCGUUCACAAUUGAUGUUACAGAGCUGUGUGCACAUGUGGCCAGUGACAAUGACGAUGGCACACCAAUGACUAAAGGCACCAGCUUCUAGUUUGCUAAUAGUAUGGUUGUUUAGACUUUGGUUCUUUGAAGUUAUUUUGACUAGCUAAUAGUAUGGGGUUAUAUAUCUAGACUUUUUGUUAUUAAACUGUUAGUUUGCUGGUAGUUGGUCGAUUCUGGAUAUUAUGUUGGUUUAGCUGUGGAUUUGAUGUUGGAGUAAAUUGGAUUUGAUGUUGGUUUUUGUAUGUUUACAAUGGUUUGUUGAAAUGAUGGACAAAUUUUGGGAA